GCCGGUACGAGCCAUUUCACGAUAGACGUCAUGUACAUUGACGAUGAGUGCAACUUGAGCGACACGGAGGGGUGGGUAGCGCACCAGAGGUCACAAGAGUUCGAAGAGGCUAGUCAGUGCGAUGGGUUGGAUGUGGUUUCUAGCAGCCGCGACGCUUUGCCGUGCUUGAGCGUGGCCGCAGAUCCACCAAGAUUCCUCACCGAUCUUGCGUACUGCCUGUAUUUGCUGCAGGUAGAGCAGCAUCGCUCAGGCAUGCUGAUGAUGAAAUCCUGCUCGACGGGGUCGACGAUAGAAGACUGUGCGCCAGAGCCCUGUCUUCAGAGACUUAUAACAACCGGAACGCAGCCUACCACAACUUCACAGUUCACAGUCUAUGCUGAGUCGCCUGCUCAGGCAGAUACAGUCUGCGAUUCAGGCAGAUCAGUAGCGCUGGGCACCGCCGAUAAGGUGCCAGGUAGUCAAGUUGGUCCAAGUCUGUCAGGGGCUCGGCGGAAUCCCGUACGCUGCACAAGGACAAUAACUACAGUCGCGAGUGGGCCAAAGUCCCUUCGAGCUUCGAGAGGAUGCAAGAUCCAACCUAGCGAAGCCGUAUUGAGAAGGGAGAUAGAUGGGAAGCGACAACCCAAUCAGAAGACGACGAUGACGACUCGACGACGCGCCAAGAUCCAAGCUAGGCUCGAAGCUCGUAAGAAGUAUCCAUUCGAGAGGCUGCUGGAGAAGUGGGGAAACAAGUUUCUAGUUAAGUGGGAGAAUGGCGAGAUAACAUGGGAGCCUGAAGCGAACUUUGACCCUGAAGACGUUAAAGCCUUCGAGAAACAGUACCGUGGUUUUGGUCCUGGAGUAAAGUCCAUCCUCGGAUCAAGGGAACAAGACGGAAGAAAACAAUUGCUUCUCGCAUGGUGCCAACGACCGUUAUCAGAAGCGCAUUGGGUUGAUGAGAGCGAGGUUUUACUGUCUUGCCUUAGAAAGCACCGUCUGUACUAGCAUGAGACUUCGGAUCGUUAAUAGAGCUGCUGUGUUAAAUGAAUAGAAGCAAAUUACCCUUAAA